AUGUACUUCGUUAUCUAUGCACUAGCCGUUAUAUUUACGAAAACUGUGGCCCUAGAAUCGACCGAGGAUGACUCCGAUAAUAACAUAUACAAUUCAUUUGCACCUUCAACAACAAACUUUCAAGACUUAUAUAGGAGUACAUUCAACAGAAAUGAAGAAUCAACGCGAGGUGAAGACGAGUUCACGCUAAAUGGUAUCCAAACCGUAGAAUUUCAUCCGAAGGUACUGAAGAUCUCUCGCAUAACACCAGCCCCAAAAUUACUCCUAAAUGCUUCUUACUUAAAGAAGAAAGAUGAAGUUACCGUAGCAAUGUCAACAGAAGAACCAGCGCCAAUCAAAGUUAUACCAAUAUGGAAAAAGCAGAAGGGUGUGCUAGAUGUACUCUUCCCUCCAACACGUGUGAAAUCCUUUAAAAAUGUAUUCGAUUCAAUUCGCCGCAUCCUUUCUUAUACGUUUCGUAAGUGA